UCAGAAUUACGUAGUUACAUCACGUACAUGCCCCUCCUCCAUGAAGCUUUGGCGGGAGUAGCAGAAACCAAAAUACGUUCUUAAAUUUUAACUUAUUAAUCCUACUCCGAAUGAGCAAAAACAACUUUGUAUGAAUAGGAAGUGAUUACAGAGUGCAAAGGACGUUUCGAAUAUGUAUCCGAAUAAUUGCAAGACACCAAGCUGGACAAAAACUAAGGAGGCUGCCGCUGAUUUUCGAAAACUUCUGCUGUGCUCGAAAUGCUCAAAACUGAUGAACGAACCCGUGUGCCUCGGAGUUUGUGAACAUUUGCUUUGCAGGCUAUGUGCUGGACCUCAAGCUGGAGCAGGCUGUGUGGUCUGUCACAGUCCUGCUUGGGUGAAGGACAUCCAAAUCAACAGACAGCUUUGCAACAUCACAGAACUCUUCUCCAACCUAGACUCACUGCUCAAUCCCACUGGCCCCGAGGACUCUGACGUUCUAAUUUCAUCACCAGUACAGUCAGAGAACUCUGUGCUAAAGCACAAGAAGAGCUUCAAGAUUUGGUUCAGUCCCCGGAGCCGCAAGGUGCGUUGUCAUGUAGAGAGACCUGUAGAGGUAUCCCAACUAUCAGAGCAUAAGACGGUUAGAGGUAAAACUGCCCCAAGACCAACCAACACAGCUGCUGAGUGCAAUUUGAAGGAUCUGUCAGUCUUCAACUUCAGCUCCUCCUCCCAAGACUCUGGCACCUCUUCUCUGCAAAAAGCCUCCGACCGGGGCAAGAAGAAGAAGAAGAAGAAGACGACGGCGACGAACGGUGGUGGGAAUAUCAGAAAGCAUGCAGCCGGGGGUUUUCAAAAGCCAACGACACGAAAAGAAUCUGACCAGAGGGUCAAGACACAGAGGCUAGAGGCGAUCAACCAGCAGUGGGGAUUUGGUGGACAAGGAGAUGGUAGAGAAGGAGAGCAGGUCAGUGUUGAGGAAUUGGAGCAGAGGUCUAGUAAAAGAGUGUCCUUCCAAAGCCUCGCCCCCCCGUCUGCCACUGUGGAGCCCCAGGGAGACACUGUGUUCCUCAGCCCCAGCAAAAGUAUCUUGAAGGUGGGUCAGCCAGUAGAGAAACUCCCCUUCUCUGUGGACCUGGAUGAUCCAAGCCCACACACCCAUUCUCAGCAGGAUAUGCUGCCUGUUAAUCAUCACUCCAAACUCAAUGAGGAAACAACUACACUGCCUGGCCAAUCCUCGACCAAGCGUCCUCCCAAAAGGUCCCAGGCAGAAGAGACGAACGCCUUGCAGAGUACCCCAAAGAGACCAAAGGCCUCUCCCGGCCAGGGAAGACGCCCAGCAGAGGUGAGGGUCCCCCCUCUAGCCCUGCCUACCUCUCCCUCUUCCCUUUCUGCCAGCUCCAUACAAAUGAAUACCCCCAACACCAGAAGAACCAAAGGAGGAGAUAACCAGAGGGGCAAUGGCACGUGUUCCCCAGCCUCCUCGGGGAGAUCGCCUGGAAACCGGUCUCCGAGGAGCCCAGGAGCAGUGAAGAGGAACCACAAGGGAGAAACACCCCUGCACCUGGCCGCUAUUAAGGGAGAUGUGGAGGCAGUGAAGAUGCUCCUAGACCAGGGGGCUGACCCCAACCUGAAAGACAAUGCUGGAUGGACCCCACUGCACGAGGCCUGUAAUCUGGGCCACCAGGGUGUAGUGGAGGUGCUGGUUAGUAGGGGGGUUCUGUUGAACACGCCUGGCUAUGAGAAUGACUCUCCUCUGCAUGACGCAGUGAGGAAUGGACACACGGGCAUCGCCAAGCUUCUGCUGCAGCACGGGGCUUCACAGGGCGUGUUAAAUAUGUAUGGCCUUCGUCCUGUGGACUACGCCGUUACCCCUGAGAUGCGUGCCGUAAUUCGGGCAGCUUCUGAAGGACCGCACCUAGGCAACUCUCCUCUCAGUUCUCCUCCCGGGCUAAGUAAGGCCAGUGAGGAGGUGAUACAGGAAAAACCUGUGGUUCUACUGGGCAGUAAACUGUCCAAGUCCCAGCAGAGCCAGCUGACUAAACUUGGAAAACUCCUUGGAGGAAAGAAGGCAGACACCUUCUCUUGCUCAGUCACUCACGUAGUGGUACCGGACCCAGCAACACCCAGCACCCUGUCUACUCUCCUGGGUCUUUUAAAUGGCUGCUGGGUCCUCAACUUCAGCUGGGUGGAGGCGUGCCUGCAGAGAGUUGGCUGGACAGCCGAGACUGACCAUGAAGUGGGAGAAGGUCCUCAACGCAGUCGCGUUAACCGACAUAGCCUGCUACCUCCGCUGUUCGAUGGAUGUUUCUUCUACUUCCAUGGCUCCUUCAGGAAGCAUGCGAAAGAUGAGCUUCUCCGGAUGGUGAAAGAGGCAGGGGGCCAGGUUCUGACUCGACAGCCCAAACCGGACAGCGAUGUGACUCAAACUCUGCCUGCUGCCGCCUACCACGCCUCUCCAGGCUCAGACCAAGCCCUUUGUACCCAGUACAUCAUCUAUGACCCCCAGGGACCCUACCGGCCCCCCAGGUUGAGGUUAGGAAAGGUGUGGUCUGCCCCAUCUACAUGGGUUGUGAGUUGUAUAUUAGCCUUUCAAUUGCUUCCAGUGCCUGAGCCGGAACCAUAGAUACGCUCACCUAGGUCAUUUUCAACAGGCUCCAAAGUCAAAUGUGAGACAGAGGUUGUCUCUGAAAGCUUGUUUUCUGUAGUGUUUUCUUUUUUGCCUGUAUGCAACAUGGCCUUGUCUCCUUUGCUUGGUAAAUUACAGACCUCAAGAUCUCACCAAAACAGCCAGUCUGUCAGUUGUGAUGUCAUAGAUAACCUAGAUAAGGUAGUGUUAGAUGCAGUCACGCUACCAUGAAUGUGACUGUAAAUAUCCUUUUAUCAGUCGCCAGCCCUGAUUUGUUGUUCUUGAAGUUAUGUAUGUGUUGUUCUGAAUUCUUUAAGUUGUAUGUGUUUCUUUGUGUUUUCAUCCACACUCAAUUACUGUAUUAAGAAACCUUUUUGCAAUUUUCUGUGGUUUGAUCGAAGCACCGGAAAAGUCACUUCUUUCAAGACCCUUUAUUUUAACUGAAAAGACUGUACCCAUUUUCAUUUUCUUCAAACAAAAACAAUAAAACUGUCUUUGAAUGCAGCAUAUUAAUAAUACUAACAUCACCCUCUGCUGCUGAACAUGUUUGUGCUUUUGAGAUUGUAUGCUUAAAAAUAAACCAUUGGUUCCCCAGGGUGGUCCAGCAUUGCUGCUGCCUCUAGUGCACUUGUACUGCUGCAGCCUGGGUUUAAUCUGACCUAUGGCUCUUUCAGCUAAAACUUCUGUCUUUCACUUUUUCCCUGCCUAAUAAAGCAAAGCAUUACAUGUUUUAAA